ACUUUAUUGUAUGUGUAUGUAGUAAAGCAUAAGAUUCUAGCUAGGUUUGAGUAGGUUCAUUCCAUAGAUUCUCACAAUGGAGAAGACACGUGGUCUUGAAUGUUUUUGGAAAAACGAUAAACAUCCACAUUGUGCACAUGGCCCAACUGUGUUAUUUGGAAAAUAUAUUAAUGGUAUCUUGGAACGAUUUUAUGUUUGUUCCGCUUGUCGUGACAGAAAAUUAUGUCGAUUUUAUUUAAAAUAUGGAGAAAAAUUUACAAAAUCGCAACAAGAUGCAUGGCAAAAAGAGAAACAAAAAGUUGCUCAAAGUUACAAUCAUCAAAAAUUAUUUAUACGUUUUAAUAGAUUAUUGGCUACCAGUCCAAAUAACAGGUCUUACUGUCAUGAUUGUGAAAGACUGAUUUUUAUGAAUGAAAGAAACAAGCAUAGUAAUCAUCUGAUAAUGGUAGGUUUAACGGAUUAUCAAAUGUAUCAUCCAACGGAAAUUCUUAAACCUUUGGAAAAUUCCAAAAAAGAAGCUCAAUAUCUGUUUUCUAAGAAAUGUGUCGAAGAUAUAAUAAACAUGUUGUUAGAACUCAAAGCUAAACAAGUUAUUUGCAUUGGUGCUCCUAGAAUACACGAAUAUAUUUCUCAAAAUUUGACUGAUAAAUUGUCAUCUUUACUUCUUGAUAUAGAUGGUAGAUUUCAUAAUUUUUUUGGCCCUUUAAGUUAUGGAUGGUACAAUUUAUUUAAUCAUUAUUUUUUUAAUGAAAAUGCUCAAUAUGUAUUUAAAGAUUUCCUUAUUCAAAACAAAGGUAAAGAUUUAUACUUAAUAUGUGAUCCACCAUUUGGUGGCCGUGUUGAGCUUAUAUCACAAACUAUAAAGAAGAUUUCCGAUCUUCAUAAGAAGCUGAACAAAGUGCAUUUGAACAAUGGUGAUUUGAAGAUUAUGUUUAUAUUUCCGUAUUUUAUGGAAUCUAUUAUGAGGGAGAAAUCAAAUCCAUCUUCUGUUAUCGGUGGUUUAAAAGACUUAAAAAUGUUAGAUUAUAAAGUAGAUUAUGAAAAUCAUCCACUUUUUAAAACAGAUUCUACUGGAAGAAAAUAUGGAUCACCAAUAAGAAUAUUCACUAACAUACCUUUAAGUUUAUUAAAACUUCCUAUAUCUGAUGGCUACAAAUAUUGUAAGAUAUGCCAAAAGUGGGUUUCUAGUGAAAAUAAACACUGCAAGAAAUGUAAAGAUUGUACUUCUAAAGAUGGAAAAAGAUACAAACACUGCAAUUUAUGUGAGCGUUGCGUUAAACCAACUUGGAAGCACUGCAAUAUUUGUAAAAGAUGUCUCUUAGAAAAACAUAAAUGCAAUAAUAAACUUAAAAUUUCAGGACGUUGUUUUAAAUGUAAGAAAUUAGGUCAUACAGAAAAAAAUUGCGAAGCUAAUACUGAUGAAGCAAUAGAAAAAUUUGAAAAAUUCAGGAAACGUAAGAUUAAUGUUAAUGAAGAUAGUACUGUAAUUAAAAAGAAAAAGAGAAGUACAAAUAGUAGUAUUAAUUUCAAUGAAAAACCAAGUGAAAUAUCAAUAAGAAAAAUGGAAGGCAAAAGUAAGGAAUCAUUAAUUAGUGAGGAAACAACAGACAAUAAUGUUGAUGUCAUCAAAAGAAGACAUUUAAUAAGACAACAAAAAUUAGUAACUAGUUAUAAAUUUAAAUCUCUAAUUUUAAAAAGAUUUGAUAGAUUAAGAAAAUUAAAAAAGAAGACUAAGCUAUGUGCAACAACUAUGAAUAAUAAAAUAGCUAAAGCAAAGAAAAAAUUAGUUAAUAGAAUAAAUGUCGAAGAUAUUAGUAAUACCUGAUAGAAAUACAUAUUUCUAAACAGAGAGAGAAUAAAAUUUUUAAAUAAA